GCUUACAAUUCUGUUUCUCUCCAGUCCUCAUUCACUUGGGUUUUUUUUUUUUUUGCUUCUCAUUUUUCUUUGUUUUUCUUUUUUUUCUUUUCUCCUUUACGGCAAAACAAAGGAAGAAAACGAGAAAGUGUAAACGUAUAAUAGAGGGAAGAUAAAGAACAAUAAUAAGUACGGAACAAAAAGGGAAAAAAUGGUGUGUAAGGUUGUGGAAGAUGAUGAUUUGGUGGAGAUUAGCAUGAUAAUCGUUCGUAGAGGUCCCUCUUCUUCUCGAUUCCUCGAUGCUUAUCCCAAAAGGGUUUUGAUGGAAGGGAGAUCAUGUGGUGACUGAUAUGAUGAUGAUGGUGUUCAUAAUGUCGUUGUUUUGUUGAAAUCUUUGUUUUCGGGGGUGGUAAAAAUGGAAAAAAUUAAACCACCAACACCAGUACUUUCCUUCUCCAACCGGAUAAGCUGAAAUGGGAGAUUCUUUGCUCACAGCCUUGUUAAUGGAAAAUCAUCACCCUUCCACCCUCUUAUCUAUGGAUUCAAGUGCUUCUUCUCAUGAUGAAUUGGAUUUGGAAAUGAAUAGGCAAACUGUUCUUUCUCGGCCGCCUGAUAUCAAUUUGCCUCUCUCUGCCGAGCGUAGCCCUCCCCCGCAGCCAUGGAACUCAGACCAGUGUGAUAUUUUGGAUGUUGGGCUCAGUUCACAAGCAUUUGAGGUUGAGAGCUUCCUUGCUGCACCCAAAGUGGAACGAAAAUUUGCCAAGCGGGUAGACAGCAUAUGGGGUGCUUGGUUAUUCUUUAGCUUUUACUUUAAGCCUGCUUUGAAUGACAAAUCAAAGGGCAAGAUUAUUCGUGAUAGCAACGGUGUUUCUGGUUUUGACAAAUCAGAUCUGAAGUUGGAUAUUUUUAUGGUUCAACACGAUAUGGAGAAUAUGUACAUGUGGGUUUUCAAGGAGAGACCCGAGAAUGCUCUGGGUAAGAUGCAACUCAGAAGCUACAUGAAUGGCCAUUCUCGCCAAGGAGAGCGUCCAUUUCCGUUUAGUGUGGAUAAAGGAUUUGUCCGUUCACACAGGAUGCAGCGGAAGCAAUACAGAGGAUUGUCAAACCCCCAAUGUCUACAUGGGAUUGAGGUUGUUCCAGCACCAAAUCUCAUGGCUCUGAGUGAGGAAGACCGGAAAAGGUGGAUGGAGCUUACUGGAAGGGAUUUAAACUUUACAGUUCCACCUGAAGCGAGUGAUUUUAGUUCAUGGAGGAACCUUCCAAACACAGAUUUUGAGCUAGAGAGGCCUGUUCCUCCUCCUUCGAUAAAGAGUGUUUCAAAUUCUCACUCAAAAAAGCUUCUUAAUGGAUCUGGGCUGAAUUUGUGUAGUCAACCAUCUAGCCAUAGCAAUGGAGAUGGGAUGGACUUAACACUUGUUAGCAACAAAAGGAGGAAAGAACUUUUUCGGCAUAGAAACAAUGAUGAUUGCUAUUUGCCUGCCGUUCCUCCAUCUGACCGAAUUCUGGAUAUGGAAAUUCAUCCCAGUGAGCCACACUGGUUAAAAGACUUCAGUGGGAUAAUGAAAAAUGUGUAUGGGCCCGUGACCGCUGCGAAAACUAUCUACGAAGAUGAAGCAGGUUACCUGAUCAUUAUCAGCUUGCCGUUUGUCGAUCUUCAGAGGGUCAAAGUCUCUUGGAGGAAUACUCUCACUCAUGGUAUCAUAAAGAUAUCUUGUGUUAGCACAUCUGGCAUGCCUUUCAUCAAGAGACAUGAAAGGACCUUCAAAUUAACAGAUCCUGCUUCUGAGCAUUGCUCUCCUGGGGAGUUUGUUAGAGAGAUCCCACUGUCAACUCGAAUACCUGAAGACGCCAACAUAGAAGCGUAUCAUGAUGGACCAGGAUCUGUCCUUGAGAUUAUGGUGCCAAAACUGCGUGUGGUACCUGAAGAACACGAAGUACUUGUCUGCCUCCGGCCUAAGCUUAUUGGGAGUGAUCUCAUGUUGACAUGAAGUAGCAGUUAUAGAAGCAUUAUAGAAGGGUAGUUGCUAUGAUUGGUGCUUACAUUGUUUUUACUGACUUUGUAUCAUACAGAGUAAUCUAUGAAACAAAUAUCUGCAUCUCACAUUUUACCUUUCGCAA